GGCCGGGUUUUGGCGCGUACCGCGGUCGGGCCGGGCUGGUGUCGCCAUGUCCCGCACGGAGCCGCCGCCCGCCGAGCCCGGCGCCGCCAUCGACCGGCUCUGUCAGGAGCUCAACUUGGACGCGGGCAGUGCCGCCGAGGCCCUGCGCGACUUCACGGCAUUGCGGGGCACCUACAGCCUGGAGGGGGAGGCGCUGCACUGGCUGGCCUGCGCCCUGUACGUCGCCUGCCGCAAGAGCCGGGUGCCCACCGUGGGGAGCGGCCUGAUGGAGGGGAAUGGCGUCCCGCUGACUAGGAUCCUGCGCUCCGCUAGGCUCAGUUUAAUUCAGUUUUUUAACAAGAUGAAGAAGUGGAUGGACAUGUCAAAUCUACCACAGGAAUUUCGAGAACGAGUGGAGAGGCUGGAGAGAAAUUUUGAAGUGUCAACUGUGAUUUUCAAAAAGUUUGAACCAAUAUUUUUGGAUAUAUUUCAAAACCCUUAUGAAGAAACUUCUAAACUGCAGCGAAGCAGGAAACAGAGGCGGAUGCCAUGCAGUGUUAAGGAUCUUUUCAACUUCUGCUGGACUCUCUUCGUGUACACUAAGGGUAAUUUCCGCAUGAUUGGAGAUGAUUUAGUAAAUUCCUAUCAUUUGCUUCUGUGCUGCUUGGACCUGAUUUUUGCAAAUGCCCUUGUGUGUCCAAAUAGAAGAGAUUUGCUAAAUCCAUCGUUCAAAGGCUUACCAGCGGACUUCCACACAGCAGAGAUCGAGGCCCUUGAAGAUCCCCCUUGCAUCAUUGCCACACUAUGUGAGCUGCAUGACGGGCUUUUAGUAGAAGCAAAAGGAAUAAAGGAACACUACUUUAAACCAUACAUUUCAAAACUGUUUGAUAGGAAGAUCUUAAAAGGAGACUGUCUGUUGGAUCUUUGCAAUUUUACAGAAAAUAACAAAGCACUGAAUAAAGAGUAUGAAGAGUACGUUCUGACAGUGGGAGACUUUGAUGAGAGAGUGUUCCUGGGAGCUGAUGCUGAAGAAGAAAUCGGCACUCCUCGGAAGUUCCCUGCAGACAUGCCAGUAGGAAAAACAGUGGCAAGAGCUCAUGUGGAGUGUCACCUUCAGCAGCAUUUUGAAAAGAAAAGGUCGUUUGCACCUUCAACUCCACUGACUGGAAGAAGAUACCUACGAGAAAAGGAAGCUGUCAUCACUCCUGUUGCUUCAGCAACACAAAGCGUGAGCCGGCUACAGAGCAUUGUGGCUGGGUUGAAAAAUGCACCGAGUGAACAACUUAUAGUGAUUUUUGAGUCCUGUGCACGCAGUCCAAUGGAAAGCAUUAUAAGCAGAGUGAAACAGAUAGGCGAGACAUUCUGUCGCAGCUACACACAGUCAACAGACAAACAGCCAGGAUCUCAUAUAGAUUUUGCUGUAAACAGAUUAAAAUUGGCAGAGAUAUUGUACUAUAAAAUCUUGGAGACUAUAAUGGUGCAAGAAACACGAAGACUGCAUGGGAAGGAUCUGACUGCUCUCCUGGAACAGGAUGUCUUUCACCGCUCUCUCAUGGCGUGCUGCUUGGAGAUUGUGCUUUUUGCAUAUAGCUCACCUCGUACGUUCCCCUGGAUCAUUGAAGUGCUUGACCUCAGGCCAUUUUAUUUCUAUAAGGUGAUUGAGGUCCUCAUUCGGUCUGAGGAAGGGCUCUCGAGGGAUAUGGUGAAGCACCUCAACAGCAUUGAGGAACAAAUCCUUGAGAGCCUCGCCUGGACUCGGGACUCGGCGCUCUGGAAUGCACUCCAGGCCUCGGAAAACAAAAUCCCAACCUGUGAAGAAGUAAUAUUUCCUAGUAAUGUCGAAGCAAGUAAUGGAGGAAGCGGGCUUGGGCAUUUGCCUAUGAUGCCAAUAUCUCCUAUAAUUCAUCCUCGAGUAAAAGAGGUUCGGACAGAUCUCGGUGGGAGUUUUAGACGGGACAUGCAGCCGUUGUCGCCAAUCUCCGUCCAUGAGCGCUACAGUUCUCCUACUGCUGGAAGUGCCAAGAGGAGGCUCUUUGGGGAUGACAGCCCCAAAGAAGUUAAAGUGGAAAAAGUGUUAACCGAAGGAACUAAGCUGACAAUUGCUCCGGUGUCCAGCAUCACUGCUGAAAAUCUGUCCGUUUCUCCUGGCCAGACAGUACUGACCAUGACAACAGCUGCAGUGUCAGGCAAAAUGGGGCAGAAGGUUACGAUCCCACUGCAUGGUAUUGCAGAUGAAAUGGGUGGGAUUGCAUUGAUCCCCAUUUCGAUGACUUUAGGCCAGCCAUGUAAAAUGGAGGCUCCAGCUCCCUGCCACCCUCUGGGGAACCAAGCACAGGAAGCGUAUCCAUUGUCAGCAAGCAAACCAAAGAGAACAGGAUCCCUGGCGCUGUUCUACAGAAAGGUUUAUCAUCUGGCAAGUGUGCGCUUGCGUGACCUGUGCUUAAAAUUAGAUGUUUCCAAUGAUUUGCGCAGGAAAAUAUGGACGUGCUUUGAGUUCACAUUGGUUCAUUGUGCUGAUCUAAUGAAGGACAGGCAUUUGGACCAGCUCCUCCUAUGUGCCUUCUAUAUCAUGGCAAAGGUAACCAAAGAGGAAAGAACUUUCCAGGACAUAAUGAAAAGUUACAGGAAUCAGCCCCAGGCGAACAGCCGCGUUUAUAGGAGCGUCUUGUUGAGAAAUAUUCCUGCCGAUGUCCCGUUGGAUGAGAAUGUAUCCCAGGACGUGGAAAUGAUGGAAGACUCGUCUGUGGGCACAGGCAGUUCCUCAGGACAAUCUGUGGCAGAGAACUCCAGCAAAUCGGGAACAGAGGAGAGAGGAGAUCUAAUUAAAUUUUACAAUGCAGUCUAUGUCGAAAGAGUAAAAUCAUUUGCACUGAAGUAUGAUGUCACAAACCAGGAUCAUGUAAAGUCAUAUGGUAGGCAAUGGCAGGAGAACUGGAACAACCUGUCAAGAGGACAAACACAGAUGGAAGCCCUUCCCUUGUCUCCGUUCCCCAACAUUAGACACCAGCCCGUCUCUCCCCGCCGGAUCUCUCAGCAGCACUCUGUUUACGUUUCGCCACACAAGAACGGUUCCUGCUUGACACCACGAACUGCACUGCUGUAUAAAUUCAGUGGGAGCCCUUCCAAGAGUUUGAAGGACAUCAACAAUAUGAUAAAACAAGGUGAACACAGGAGUAAGAAACGCGCAAUAACAAUUGACAGCGACACUGAAUCCCCGAUGAAGCGCCUCUGCCAGGAAAAUGAUGACGUUCUGCUUAAACGUCUCCAGGAUGUUGUCAGUGAGAGAGCAAAUCACUGAAACUGCUGGGUUUCUGUGGGAUCUGAAAGCUGUGGAGUUGGAUACAGCUGUGGUGCUAUUUAUUUUUUGCUUUUGUGUACAGACAACUGCCAAAUUUCUUUAACGUUAAACUUUUGCCUGACUUCCACGGGAUGCAAAAAGCAAGGGUUAAAUAGUGAACACCAGAGAAUGAGCGGUGGUUAUGACCUUCAUUCUCAAAGACUGUGUGUGCUAUAAGUUACUCUGUUUGAGCAGUUUUAGAAGCAUGGUUGGUAGAAAGCAAUAUUGGAUGCUCUCAAGUCUAAAUUAAAGAUUGUGAGUUCUGAGUGUAACUCAGCUUCUAGUGAUACCGGUAUUAUUUUUGAAAUAAUAAUGAUAAGGAAACGAGUGAAGUCAGUGAAGUUUUCUCAAGGUUUUGGUAUUUGCAGAAGAAACUUCAAAAGUGCCUUAUUUUAAAAUAAUGUGGAAUUUUAUGUCUUAUUUCACUGUGGAGUAACGAGUGGAGAACAAAUUGCUCAUUUACACUCGAGUUCUGAACUGUUUGAUUUGUGCUGUGCUCCACCUCCUGUCAGACCUCCAGUGAUAGUGUGUGGUAUGGCAGCUUUUGCAAUAGCAAAGGCCAUAAGCAAGGCGUACAAAUAGGAAUGGCUUCAAUCAGACCCCGGUAAAGCACUGAGACAUGGUUCAGGGGUGUCUGAAUUACCUUUCUGUUGGGCCAGUGAAGGCUGCUGUGGAGCUGCUCCUUUCCUAUUGGAAGCCCCAGAGCAGCUCUGCUGUUGCAGCUCACCCAUGAGGGAGUAUGAGCUGGUUACAGCUGAAAACCAGUUGGGGGUUUGGCCAGCUGACAGCUGCUCAAACACACAAAGUCAUUUAACAAAUUGUAUCUUCAUUUAUUUUUCCCUCAAGAUCCUGGCCUCUUGUGUAGUAUCUGCACAGAACGUUGAGCCCAUCAGAUGAGACACAUUUGUGUAUAUGUUUGUUUAUAACUACUGAAGGCUUGGAUUCAUUGGAAAGGUGUAAAUUCCAGCAUCCAGUUCUUGUAACCAGUUUUUUACUACUGGGGGUUUUGGUAAGGUUUAUCUUACCACAAUGGCAGGAAGUCAAGGUUUAUUCAUUACUGUAAAUCAGUAGUUUGAUCUUGUUUCGUGAUUGCAUUUAAGACGGGAGCUAUAGAGGAACUUCUCAGCACUGUAUUUUUCAGUUUACAGUUUGUAUUGAGCUGAAAAAAACCUUGUCGAUUGCAUAGGAGUUGUUUAAGGAGCUCUAUUCACUUCAUUGCUUGGUUUGUUCAGUGUAUGCUGCAAGAUCUGCUGAGGUGCAGUGCCAGAGAGGAACGCUGCAAUGGUUUCAGUUGGUCUCAGCUAAUUAAUCUGCCCUGCAGCGAUGGAGGAAACGUGUUUAAAAGUGUAUGGGUGCAAGGAUCAGGGAGUAAAAGUUUACAAACUCUGUAAUCUGUUUUUGAAUCAACUACCUAAAUAUGAGGCUUUUUCACUUUUCCAACAAGGUGCUCAUUGCUGAAAGGUUUGUCCGUGUAGAGCUGCCAUGUGAGGAAAUGGCCACACAGGCAGUGGACUAGGAAUCAUGUAGGUCCUGUUCAAUUCCUUUGAUUUUAUUCAAUGUUUAAUAUUUGUCUUCAGGUCUUGAGAUAAAAAGUAAUGACCUUUCUGUCUGGAUCUGCUCGUCAAUGCUACAACCCCUAAACACCUUUUGCAGGGGGAAUGAGAAUCUAGAUUUAGCUUUCGGCAGAGCCUGCUCCAUUGGUGUGAAGGAUGGCAGCCUUCCAGGGUGGGGAGCACGUGAUCAGGCUGAACAGCAGUGUUGUAUGGCAAGAGUUCAGUUGAUUUGGUUUACUCGCAUACCUGCUUGUAUUCUCUGAGGCCGGAGAAAGCGGAUGGUGAGAAGGCAGAUGGUGUCGCAGCCCAGGUCAGCUGCUGUGAGGUGCAGGUGGGGUUUCAUUAGCAAAAUGAAUGCACUGCCACAGGUGCAGGCUGAGUUUUUUCACCUAUUUAGGUGAUAGACUGGUUUUGGACUUGUUGUAGAGCUAAAACAAUAGCUUAUAUGGAAAUUUUUUAACAGUUUCUAAGUGCCUUCACCUGUAAAUAUGUAUUUUAUAAUAAACAAAGUAUUUUAAGUCUU